UUUUUUUGCCAAGUUGAUUUUGCAUCAAAGGGAUUUGUUUUUGUAAAGACUCAAAAUUCAUUCACUUAAUUGUGGGCAUUGUGAGAUUUUUUAGUACUGGAUUUCUUUGGUUAUUGGGAGGAAGAGAUAGGACCUGGACCUGUUAUUUCAUCCUGGAACUCUCACUGCCCUGCAUUUAAAUAUUUACUUAGGAAAGGGAAAUGAAGCAGUUAGUGUGGAGAAUGUGGGAUGAUGAGUAUUUUAAUGAGUAAUUUUUGUUUACAGGGAAUAUGAAAAAGUUUUCUUACUUUGUCAUUUGAUAAUUCUUGUAAAAAAUAUAGCUUUUUUGAAAUUCAAAUAGCUUCCUUGUUUCCAUUAAUAAGUAGUAUUGGAUGUAGUGAGGGAAAAGAUGGCUUUUUAAAUGAGGAAAUAAUUUGUGAAGUUUCACAUCUUCUAAUAUGAAAGUGAAUUUCUUAUCUGCCUCAAAUUAUUAUAAUUGCAGUUUCUUUUUUCUUUAAAAUGAUCUUAUUCUUCAGCAGAAAGUUUCAUAAAGAUAUACUGGUAUAGUAAGACUUACUAAUAUUUUAGAAAGAAUAUUACCAGUAAUAAAAAGGACAGAAUUAUGAUCGUUUGAUGCAUUAAUUUUAAUAACUUUUUUUUUUACAGCUCUUGAGCCAAGAUGUGAAAAGUUAAACAGAAAUAUGGUUCUCAUUUUGAUUGUGCUGAAUUUAUUAUGUCUUUGAUAUGGAGCACCAUCUUCCCUACAGAUAUCGGAAUAGGGCUGGUAGGACUUUGCUGUUUAAAAGAUUGUGAGUGAAGUGAAUUUUACAUUAACACUUGCAUGAAAGCUUUUUUUGAAACAGUGGGGUUGUUGGAGUGGUUGGAUUUUUCCUGGAAUUGAGUGAGAAAUUCAGAAGACUGAAGCCCAGGCUCACUGUCUACCUUUCACGGAGGCCCAGCCGUGAGAGGACAGAAGAAGGCACGUGGCGAAUCAUGACAGCUGAUAAAGAGAAGGACAAAGACAAAGAAAAGGACCGGGACCGAGACAGGGACCGGGAAAGAGAAAAGAGGGACAAAACUAGAGAGAGUGAAAACUCCCGUCCUCGUCGAAGCUGCACUUUGGAAGGUGGAGCCAAGAAUUAUGCAGAAAGUGACCAUAGUGAAGAUGAGGACAAUGACAAUAACAGUGCCACAACAGAGGAGUCUGCAAAGAAAAACAAAAAGAAGCCUCCAAAAAAGAAAUCACGUUAUGAAAGAACAGAUACUGGGGAGAUAACAUCAUUUAUUACUGAAGAUGAUGUUGUCUACAGACCAGGAGACUGUGUGUAUAUUGAGAGUCGAAGGCCAAACACACCAUAUUUCAUCUGUAGCAUUCAAGACUUCAAACUGGUUCACAACUCGCAGGCCUGUUGCAGAUCUCCAACUCCUGCUCUGUGUGACCCCCCAGCAUGCUCUCUACCGGUGGCAUCACAGCCACCACAUCACCUUACUGAAGCCGGGAGAGGGCCUGUAGGGAGCAAGAGGGACCAUCUUCUUAUGAAUGUCAAAUGGUACUAUCGUCAAUCUGAAGUUCCUGAUUCUGUCUAUCAGCAUUUGGUUCAAGACCGGCACAAUGAAAAUGAUUCUGGACGAGAACUUGUCAUUACAGACCCAGUUAUCAAGAAUCGAGAGCUCUUCAUUUCCGAUUAUGUUGACACUUACCAUGCUGCUGCCCUUCGAGGGAAGUGUAAUAUCUCCCAUUUUUCUGAUAUAUUUGCCGCGAGAGAGUUUAAAGCUCGUGUGGAUUCAUUUUUCUAUAUUUUGGGCUACAAUCCAGAGACAAGGAGACUGAACAGCACCCAGGGGGAAAUCCGUGUUGGACCCAGUCAUCAGGCCAAACUUCCCGAAUUGCAGCCAUUUCCUUCCCCAGAUGGUGACACUGUGACCCAGCAUGAGGAACUGGUUUGGAUGCCUGGAGUUAAUGAUUGUGAUUUACUUAUGUAUUUGAGGGCAGCAAGGAGCAUGGCGGCUUUUGCGGGAAUGUGUGAUGGAGGUUCCACUGAGGAUGGCUGUGUUGCUGCCUCUCGGGAUGACACCACACUCAAUGCGCUCAACACACUACAUGAAAGCAACUAUGAUGCUGGAAAAGCCCUCCAACGCUUGGUGAAGAAGCCUGUGCCCAAACUGAUUGAGAAAUGCUGGACUGAAGAUGAAGUGAAACGCUUCAUUAAGGGGCUCCGACAAUACGGCAAGAACUUCUUUAGGAUCCGAAAGGAGCUGCUUCCCAAUAAGGAAACGGGAGAGUUAAUCACCUUUUAUUACUAUUGGAAGAAAACCCCAGAAGCUGCCAGCUCUCGGGCUCACCGUCGGCACCGUCGGCAGGCUGUAUUUCGAAGGAUUAAAACUCGAACAGCUUCUACUCCCGUCAACACUCCAUCCAGGCCCCCCUCCAGUGAAUUCUUGGACUUGAGCUCGGCCAGUGAAGAUGACUUUGACAGCGAGGACAGCGAGCAGGAGCUGAAAGGUUACGCUUGCCGUCACUGCUUCACAACUACCUCCAAAGACUGGCACCACGGCGGCCGAGAAAACAUCCUAUUGUGCACUGACUGUCGCAUUCACUUCAAGAAGUACGGUGAGCUCCCCCCAAUUGAGAAGCCAGUGGACCCACCACCCUUUAUGUUCAAACCUGUCAAAGAGGAAGAGGAUGGGCUCAGCGGAAAGCAUAGCAUGAGGACCCGACGCAGUCGUGGCUCGAUGUCUACACUACGUAGUGGCCGCAAGAAGCAACCUGCUAGCCCUGAUGGUAGAGCCUCGCCCAUCAACGAAGACAUCCGAUCCAGUGGCCGUAACUCUCCUAGUGCAGCCAGCACUUCAAGCAAUGACAGUAAAGCAGAUUCAGUGAAGAAAUCCACUAAGAAGAUAAAGGAAGAAGCUUCUUCACCUCUCAAGAGCACCAAGCGUCAGCGAGAAAAGGCAGCGUCUGACACUGAGGAGCCCGAGAGGACCAGUGCCAAGAAGUCCAAAACCCACAGUCCCCAGGAGAUCAGCCGGCCCAACUCUCCGUCGGAGGGUGAGGGAGAAGGAGAGAGUUCGGAUAGUCGCAGCGUUAAUGAUGAAGGGAGCAGUGACCCCAAAGACAUUGACCAAGACAAUCGCAGCACCUCCCCAAGCAUCCCCAGCCCUCAGGACAAUGAGAGUGACUCGGACUCCUCUGCCCAACAGCAAGUGGUGCAGGCUCCCGGUGGCCCUGCCCAGGCUGCUCCCUCCACCCCCCCGGGGGCAAGCCAGCUCCCAGCCCCAGUGCCCACGGCAGCCAGCGCUCCCUCAGCCCCUCCUCAGGUUUCGCCCUCAGUAGCUCAGCCACCUGGCCAGCCUCAGGCUCCUGUUCCAUCUCCAGCCCACUCCCACAUCCAGCAGGCCCCGGCCCUGCAUCCACAAAGACUUCCUUCCCCGCACCCACCUUUGCAGCCCUUGAGCGUGGCACAGAAUCCUCCUCAGGCUCCCACCUCGUCCCAAUCUCACCCGCAGCCCCCCCUCCACAGCCAGGUGCCCCCGGGCCCUCACGGCCUGCAGGCGCAACCUCUCUUGCCACACCCUGGACCACCCCAACCUUUCCCCCUCACCCCGCAGUCCUCUCAGUCUCAGGUUCCACUCCCAGCAACACAAGCUCCCACUCAUCCUCAUGGCUCCUUACAGGUCCAAGGCUCCCAGCCAUCUCUGCAGCCUCCUCAGCCCCCCCGGGAGCAGCCGCUUCCUCCCGCCCCCAUGGCAAUGCCUCACAUCAAACCCCCACCCACUACCCCUAUCCCACAGUUGCCCACACCACAGUCCCACAAGCACCCGCCUCACCUCUCAGGACCUUCUCCGUUCUCCAUGAACUCCAACCUGCCGCCACCUCCUGCUUUGAAACCCCUGAGUUCGCUGUCUACACAUCACCCUCCCUCGGCUCACCCACCCCCUCUACAGCUGAUGCCCCAGAGUCAGCCGUUACAGUCAUCUCCAGCUCAGCCCCCAGUGCUGACUCAAAGCCAGAGCCUCCCACCGGUUGCCAGCCAUCCUCCUUCAGGCCUUCACCAGGUUCCCCCUCAGCCUCCAUUUUCUCAGCACCCCUUUGUGCCUGGGGGACCCCCUCCCAUCACUCCUCCAUCCUGCCCUUCCACCUCCACCCCCCCAUCUGGGCCAAGCGCUCCCUCCCAGCCAUCCUGUUCCACGCCUGGGACUUCUAGUGGAAGUGUCCCUGUAGUGACCUCCUGCGCCAUCCCACCCAUCCAGAUCAAGGAGGAGGCACCUGAUGAAACGGAGGAACCUGAAAGUCCCCCUCCGCCACCCCGAAGCCCUUCCCCUGAACCCACCGUUGUGGAUACGCCGAGCCACGCCAGCCAGUCUGCAAGGUUCUACAAACACUUGGACCGGGGCUACAACUCAUGUGCACGCACUGACCUUUACUUCAUGCCCCUGUCGGGGUCCAAGCUUGCCAAGAAGAGGGAGGAGGCGAUUGAAAAGGCCAAACGAGAAGCGGAGCAGAAGGCGCGAGAAGAGAGGGAGCGAGAGAAGGAGAAGGAAAAGGAGCGGGAGCGGGAGCGGGAGCGGGAGCGAGAAGCGGAGCGAGCCGCCCAGAAGGCGUCCAGCUCCUCCCAUGAAAGUCGGCUCAGUGACUCUCAGCUUAGUGGACCUGCCCACAUGCGGCCCUCCUUUGAACCACCCCCAACCACCAUUGCUGCUGUUCCCCCGUACAUCGGGCCCGACACACCUGCUCUUCGAACUCUUAGUGAAUAUGCGCGGCCCCACGUGAUGUCACCCACCAACCGCAAUCAUCCUUUCUUUGUUCCCCUCAACCCCACUGAUCCCCUCCUGGCCUACCACAUGCCCGGCCUCUACAACGUGGAUCCCACGAUCCGGGAGCGGGAACUCCGAGAGCGGGAGAUCCGGGAGCGCGAGAUCCGGGAACGGGAGCUCCGGGAGAGGAUGAAGCCCGGCUUUGAGGUGAAGCCUCCCGAGUUGGAUGCCCUGCACCCCGCCACCAACCCUAUGGAGCACUUUGCUCGGCACGGUGCCCUUACAAUACCUCCCACUGCAGGACCUCACCCUUUUGCUUCCUUCCACCCGGGGCUGAACCCCUUGGAGAGGGAGAGACUUGCUCUGGCUGGUCCCCAGCUGCGGCCUGAAAUGAGCUACCCUGAUAGAUUGGCAGCCGAGAGAAUCCAUGCUGAGCGGAUGGCCUCACUGACUAAUGACCCCCUUGCACGGCUUCAGAUGUUUAAUGUGACCCCCCAUCAUCACCAACAUUCACACAUACACUCGCAUCUUCAUCUCCAUCAGCAGGAUCCUUUACAUCAAGGUUCAGCAGGGCCUGUGCACCCACUGGUAGACCCUCUGGCAGCUGGCCCUCACCUGGCCCGGUUCCCUUAUCCCCCUGGCACCCUUCCCAACCCUCUGCUUGGACAGCCACCUCAUGAGCAUGAGAUGCUUCGACAUCCCGUUUUCGGUACCCCGUAUCCUCGUGACCUGCCUGGUGCCAUCCCGCCUCCAAUGUCAGCCGCCCACCAACUGCAGGCCAUGCAUGCUCAGUCUGCCGAGCUGCAGAGACUGGCAAUGGAGCAGCAGUGGCUGCACGGCCACCCCCACAUGCAUGGCGGGCAUUUACCAAGUCAGGAAGAUUACUACAGUCGACUGAAGAAAGAAGGUGAUAAGCAGUUAUAAGAAGUUAUUUAUUUGUAACAGCAGAAAUCCCGGGUCAUGGGGGAAGAGAUGGGAUUUUUUACAUACAAUAGGAGCUGCAAAAGCAAAGAGAAUAUCUUCUGAAGAUUUCUUCAUCUAUUUAAAAAACCCGCAACUGAAGACUUCCCAGCAUACUAGUGUUCAUUGGUAGAGAGGAUGCCUCCGGGCUAAUUCAGGUCUCCCUGCAUGACAGCCUCCUCAGGAGCUGAGUGAGUCCUGGACUAGGCAGAACGUUCAGAAAUCUUGCCUGCAAUCUUGGCGUUUGGUUUCAUGUUUUCUUUUCCUUCCUCGAUUUCACAGUAGGUGCUAGAAUCCAGCUCACACCCAUCACUGUGCGUGCAGAGACCGUUAGACAUAUUCUUUAAAAACAAAAACAAAAAAAAAAACAGGAUUGCAGAUAGGUGGUGGCAUAUGAGUUUGGAACCCAAGAACUAUAAUAAAAAUCUACUUUUAUUUUAAUACAUUGUAGGAAAUCUUCAUAAUUUGACAGAGAGCUCAGUUCUGCAGCAUGGCUUUUUAAGUCUGUAAAUAUAAUAAUUUUAAAACAGAAACAACCAUUUUUUUCUUCCACAAACUACUAUUCUGAUAUAUUUUUUUUCCAGCCACGUCACUAAUCGUGAAUUCCUACCAGCUAUUGACAAGAGUUGAUUUUUUAAUAAAAAAAAAUAUAUAUAUAUAAAAUUAUCCCUUUAAUUAAAGGGAAAAGAUGGGUGUUACUAAUUUAAAAUGGGCAAAAGCUUGGAAUUUGAUUUGAUGGCAGCAGUGAGCAUCACAGGGUUUGCAGGGAUAACGUCACAAGCUGUUUCUCCAUGUUUUUCCUUGAUUGUAUUUUGGUUUGGUUUGGUUUGGUUUGGGGAGUGUGCUUGGCCAAUGGUGCAGACAUCCACUGAAUGAACCUCUUCCUUUUUCACCAGGAACGCAGGAAUUAAAUCCACUUUAUUUGCUUUGGUGUUAAUGGUUGUUCAUGCUCUUUCUCUGAGGGAUAAGGGGUUAUAUAUUUGUGUGUGUGUUUUUGUGUGUGUGUAUGUGUGUGUGUGUGUGUGUGUGUGUCUCAGUAGACUCAAGAACUUGGCACACACAUAUAUUAUUUUAAAUAAACUAAUUUUUCCAGAAUUUCCCCUUGAAGUUUCAUAAAGUGUGGGAUUUGGUACCAAAAAAUUUUUGUAUGUAUGUGUUUGUGUGUGUGUGUGUGUGUGUAUACACAUAUACAUAUAUAUGUGUGUGUAUGCACAUAUUUAUAAUCCAAAUAUAUAUGUAUGUGUGUAUGUACAUAUAUAUAAUUCAAGUAACUUAGUAUUUGAAAGAUAGGCUGUGUGUUUGAGUUUUUAUGGGUUUUUUUGUUUGUUUUGUUUUGUUUUUUUAGGAAGGUUACACUAAAUAAAAUGCCAACACAUUGGAAUUUUAAAGGCUAGACCUAAAUUGCCACUCCCACAUUCCUUGGGAGCAGCCUUAUUGCCAUAGUUGUGGAUUACAUUUAGGUGAGUCAGGACCUUGACUUUAAGAUGAAUGGAUAGUGGGCAACAUUGCAUUUUUUGACUCAGGAGCAGCUGACCUAUAUGGGAUAACCCAGACCUGAGAGCCUUUUGUACCUUCUCUUAUCUCUGAGCAAUCAAAAGGUCAGAUGAUCCAGCUUUUUGAAGCAAAACUCCAUGGGAUCACCUCCCUGCAUUUGUAUCUUUUUGCUCAUAUGAUGCACUUUUAUUGAAGCCCAGGGUUCAGUUGGUGAGGUCCAGGGGAUGUCUGCAUCUGCUGACCAUGUUCUCCACUGGUGCAAAACUUGUUCCGUUCUUUUUCUCUCAAACUCUUGAGGGCUGUAUCUCUGCCGUUUAAACUAUUGUAUGUGGUGGUCAUAUCAUAAGACUCUCUUGGACCAUGGUAGAUGAACUCGUAGUUAAUCGCUCAGGCUUUUAAGGAAUACACGACAUGCCCAGUGCUCAGGCCACUAUGACCGGCAGGAAGAAAAGCCAGUGUUCUGACGCAGAAACCAGCAACACCGUUGGGUAGAGUAAUCUCCAAUUCAGUUCUGGAUUAAACCUGCAUCAGGGGCGAUUCCAGCUUUUUUCUACCCAUGUGUUUAUAGCCUGGAUUUCAGUUGGGCUUUAAUGGGUUGUUUCUGUUGAAGGAAUUUUUUGCUUUUCUUUUGUCUCAUUCCAUGCCUGCCUUAACCCAUAGCUGCUUAGUAGUAGAUGUUCCAUGGCUAACUCAUUCACAUUCAAAAGUGGCCAGUCAGGAACGGGGCCUUUGGGGGCUAAUCUGAUAAUAACAUCAGAAUGUCUUGACCUGCUGUGCACACAUUUUAUCCUAAAUUUUUAAUGGAGCAAGUCCACCUCAAAAUCUAAAGGGAAUUAACAACACUGGACUGCCACCUCUUUCAUCCCUCAUUUCACAUGUCUUUUUUUCCUUUGGGAUCUAAGAUGGUGACUGUUAAAUUAAUUCUGCUUUCCCCUCCCCCCCCAAAACACCCUCCUCCCAAUUCCCAUUCUCCCAAAGAAAAGAGAGUUAAGUGAUUAAGUGAUUUUUUUAAUCUUUUUUUUUUUUAAGAUGUCAUGAGUUUCCUUUUUCAGUUCAGCAUUUUAUUAAUUGUGUGUGGGUCUCCAUGCUGCCAGCAUCCCAAGGUGAAGCACUGAGAUUUAUUCUAAUAAAUCAGCUGAUUAACUACAUUUUCUUGACAAUGGCCCUAGGAGUCAUCUUGGUGUGUUGGAUGCCCUUUUAGAGUGACCCAGACACAUGGUUUCCUUUGAGAUUCAUUCACCCUUUUUUCUUUUCAGUUGAAGUUUCAGGUUUGUUUUUUGUUUUGUUUUGUGUUUCAAACGUAUCUUGUUCAAUGUUGUCAAGGUCGAGCUUCUUGUUUUGCGGCCUCACAUUCAGUGUCCACUCUGAUUUGCUACAUCUAUAUAUAUCUGGAAGCUUAAUGUACAUAUGAGUAGUUUGCCAUGAGAUAACACAGUGUAAACAGAGUAGAAACCCAGAAAUCGUGACUUCUGUGUUCUCUCCAUUUGAGUAUUUUGUAAUUUUUUUGAAAUAUUUGUGGACAAAUAAAACCAAGCUACACUACAGAC